AUGCAGCUCACGGCUAUCUUCUCCACACUCCUCCUUGCUGGCUCCGCAUUCGCGGUUAAAGCGACGUACGACCAGACGUACGACAACGCAAGCGGCAGCAUGAACGGCGUCGCAUGCUCCAACGGAGCGAACGGGCUCGCGAGUCGUUUCCCGACUUUUGGUGAUCUUCCGACGUUCCCCAACGUCGGUGGUGCCCACGCCGUCACGGGCUGGAACAGCACGAAGUGCGGCAGCUGCUGGAAGCUCACGUACCAGGGCACAAGCAUUACCCUCACUGCCAUCGACACUGCGGGUGUCGGCUUCAACAUUGCCUUGGAAGCCCUCGACACACUCACCGAUGGCCAUGGCCAAGAGUGGGGCUCUGCAGAUGUCACUGCUGUCGAGGAUGCGACACGGUCCUUUUCGCCUUCGUCUUCUCAUUGGUACAAUGGACUUUGGGAUAGUGCUUAA